AUGCAGAAAUUGGAGCAAAAGUAUGGCGUUGGAAAGUUUUGCAAUCGUUAUAAAGCGUCAUGCAACUACAACAUCACUGAUGGUCCUUCAGACCGCAAAAUGUUACUUUGGAAAAACUGCUAUUGUGAUUCUCUCUGUGAGGAAAUGGGUGAUUGCUGUAUCGAUUAUGACAAAUGGUAUGAGUUAGUUGAAAUUUUUUUGGUCACAUUAGUUACAGAAAAAACCUUAGACCAGUUUGUUUUUGGUUCAAGUACAAGUAUCUUCUCAUUCUUUUCAGGUAACAACAUUAACCCUGUAAUUAAAGAAAGGUGUUAUUCGUCUUGUCACAAGCGUGGGACAAAGAAAAAAAAUCUGAGUUCCUAUGAGGAAUCAAACUUCUUAUUCUAUUUACAAACAUUACGCUAUCGACAUUGCUGAUCCUAGCAGUAUGCAGGACGUGUGUCAUAUGAACUUCGUAAUAGACCGCGCUCGCAUUAAAGUCUCUGUGGCUCAGUGGUAGAGCAUCGGAACGCGGAAUUCGAAGGUUUGAGGUUCGAUUCUUCAUGGGGACUCAGAAAUUUUUCUUUGUCCCGCGCUUGUGACAAGAUGAAAAACAUCUUUCUCUAUAUCUUUACCGAGCUCAAAAUUUACCAUCUCUAUUAUUCUAUUCACAAACAUUAACCCUCUUCACCCUAACAUCAGUAUUCAUGUUUUUUCCACACUGUCCUCGUUUCUUGUGGUUGCCUUGGGUCGUUAGGCGGUUCGCGUAGUGAACCCCCAAAGCCCCUCCGUUUCUUCACUUACUCGCUAGUAUUGCGCCGUUUACCAUUGUGCUUCGUUUUCUAACUAGCUGAAAGCCUGCAGAGAACAAGUUGUCGGAUGUGUAAUUGUCUGACAGAUUAAUUGAUUGCUUAUCGUAUGACUCAGAACAGUGGUGGAACUUUUUAAUUAUUUCAAACACUGAUUAGCAUACUGUUUGUGCUUAUCAUUUAAGGCGCACAAGUGCUCCAAAAGCACCAAAGAACGAAACUCAGCAGACGCAACUUUCUUGCAUAAGUGCUCCAGGGUCAAAGAAGAGAUCCUGCUACGGCUACAUUAUGAUUGACAGCUGCCCAACUUCAUGGUGGAAUCCACCAAUCAAGCGUGCUUGUAAGAGAAGCAAUUAUACCGCUGACCCUCUCGUGGCUUUACCGGUUUUUGAUGCAACAACAAACGUUAGUUAUGCCAAUAUAUACUGUGCCAUGUGUAACGGAAAGUCACGCAAUCUUCACUUCUGGAGUGUCAAGAUUGUACACGCGCCGCGCAGAAUUUCUACUUUGCAGGAUAUUAAAUCUACCAAAACCGUUUGGCAUACAAUACCGAUUGAUGCUAAAAAGACUGAAAAAUGUAUUGCAACACCUCUUGUGGCCAAUAGAAAAUCUCGUCGUAAGAUCGAUCGUUUAUGUCGUUCAUACGCAAAUGUUAUUGAAUGGCUUGAUGGAAAUCAGCCGAUGCGUUUGUUAAAAAAUCCUCACUGUGCUUUAUUAGAAGAUGCAACAGCUCUAGUUAACAAAACCGUCAAUUGUCCAACCAAUGUUAAUGUUCCCAACGACGGAAUCAGAGAUUAUUCAACGAUUUUCGUGUUCUCUAUUUAUGCAGAACAUUUCAUUGACAGCUUCGUAAAGACCGUGCCUGUGAAAUUUAGUUGUCCUGCUCACACGUUUUACAAUCCGUUCCAAGAAAAAUGUUUGUUGGUACCCAGUAAACAUUCCUCUGUUGAGAACAAGGACACUAAGAACGUCUCUCACACCAACGAUGAAUCUCGGAGUACAACGCCCACUACGCAUGUACACGAUCCACGCAUUGACAAGGACAAGGACACUAAGAACGUCUCUCACACCAACGAUGAAUCUCGGAGUACAACGCCCACUACGCAUGUACACGAUCCACGCGUUGAAAGCGGAAAAUCAUCGGAUUAUUCGUUAACUCUUCGCAUCACCACCUGUGUCGGAUUCUCCCUGUCAAUCACUGCCCUGCUCUUCCUGCUGAUGACGUAUUUCCUAUUCGCUGAGCUGCGCACAUUUCCUGGUAAAAUGGCGAUGCAGUUGUCAUGCGCGAUGAUAGCCCUGCAGUCAGUAUACUUUGCUUCAGACCCGGAUGUUGUUUCCUGGGCAGUUUGUGCCGUGAUGGGAGCUCUGUUACAUUAUUUCAACCUGGUUGUAUUUCUAUGGACGGGCUGCAUCGCCCACGAUACUCACAAAACUUUCACAAACCCAAGUAAGUGUAUUGCGCUAUAGUUGUGCUUCUGCUAUCAAAAAAAUACACUUUGGCCUGAUGCUGGUCUCGUACCCAGACCUUUCACGGCUAAGCGGUUUCAGUUACAGCUACACGGUAGGAUCUGGGUACGGGAUUAGUCCAACGCCUUUCUCCACCAAUGUAAGUGGGUAAGUGGGUACUUGCCAAAUACCAAGGAAACUGGGCCGUGGAGUGGCGGGGGGAAGGGGGGAGGGGAUACACACUUGUCCAGCGCGUGCAUUUCCCAAAAGUAGGUAAUCUUAUACUCGUUUCCACGUCCUUUUUGGUUAUGCUGCGCUUGUGUGAUUGGCCUUAAAAUGUUAUAUCCCUCUUCCUCCUCCGAAUCGAUCAGAUGAGAAACUAAAUCCAAUUAAAAUGGCGCGUUUCCUCACGCGGAAGAUGGUUUGCUCACUUUUACUUGGAUUUCCAUCGACUUCAUUUGAUGUUUCCGUUUUUUUCUGAUUGGUCUGAUUGUAAGUCUUUAGUUUUGCAAAAAUCACCGGAAAGGAAUUUGACCCUUUAUACCCUAACAUCAGUAUUUAUAUUCUCCAUACUGUUCUCUGUACAUCUACUAAGCUGCUGACAAGGAGAAUUUGUCUAACAAUCGAGAGUUUCUUUUAGUUGGUGAUCAUUUCCUUUAUUCUCAUGACAUUAAUCUAUGAUUCAGGGGUGAUAUUGUAAGGAGAAAACAGAUGCUAGUCACUCUUAGAGGUUAAAGGGUUAAUCAACGAAUUCUUCUCGUAAACAUUUCCUUUCUUUCUUUUAAAGCUCAACUUCGAAAUAGUCCGGAGUAUUUUUAUUAACUUUGAAAACUUAGCCAUGGCGUAAUAGUGAAGAACAGUGUAAUUUCCUUUUCUUCAGACAUUGAUUUCCAAGAGCCGUCGGUCAUCGCCAAAAGGAAGAGGUCCUACAAUCGUUGCAGCUUGUUUUCCUGGGGUUCCCCUGUCGUCCUUGUCAUGUUUUUCAUGACUUUGCAAUUGUCCAAUACCGCAAAUAUUUACGGUGAGUUUACGAUGGUUAUUUUCCAUACCCCUUAGCGUUGUCCUUUUUCAAUGAUUCCUUUUAUUUUUACGUGUAAAAUUACUUAUCUUGCAGGAAACGAGCAUAACUGUGGACUGUCGUUCCCAGCUCGCUAUUAUGCCGAAGUGACGCCUGUUUUAUCAUCGCUUCUGUUUGUUACCAUAGCUUUGACUCGCACGGUUGUUGUCAAGAACCAGCAGGUACAGAUAUCUAUUUCCCCACCCCUCCCUCUCCUUCCUUUUGACCGUCGCCCACCCCCUUGGUACAAAUUUCUGUCUCUCCUUAUGGCCUUAGCCUUUCACUGCUGUAAAAAAACAAAGAUGGCAGCUUUGAUUUUCACCAAGAAAAUACUGAGCACCCGCUCGCCAAAAUUACGACUGCUCUGCAGGCUAGCCAAGAUAAUUUUGCUGCUAUAUUCCGCAUACAUAUGAUAUGUAAAUUUCCGUAAGAGGCUAUGACAUUUUUUACUCUGUAUCACAGGGCAAUUCGACCACAUUCCAAAACCACGCUACCCUCCCUCAAACGGUGCUAAUUUUGACAGUUGCCAUAGGGAUAACCUGGAUCCUGGGACUUGUGGUGGCUUUUCAUCCUACUCCAAAUUUGGAAUACCCAUACGUCAUAGUCUACAGUUGUCAAGGUGCGUAUCGUUUGAAUGGUCUCUGGCCCCUGUCGCUGUGACUGGAUCUCUUACGAAUUUAACGGUACCAGAAACAAAGGCUUCGGCGCGACACGCACGAUUUGCGUGCACUUGCACUUAGACACUCUGUAUUUCCUCGAGUAAGCGCCCACGCUCUAAUAAGCGCCCUCCUCCCAAAAUAAGCGCCCUCCCUAAUCUCGUACCCAGAUCUUAGCGACUUUAACUGUAACUGAAAUAACCGCUUGGCCGUAGAAGGUCUGGUUACGAAACUACGCUCACCCCCUGGACCAUAAUUUCAAACAAGUGCUCCCCCCCUCGAUUAACAGCCCCCCCCCCAUUCUUCCUUCUUCACUUUCUUAAAUAAUAGGACUACAAAGAUAACUGGUUUCUGUUGCCACUUGAUUUAUAACUUUUUAAGCCUCGACUAAAGUGGAAUCAAUACAGGAGAAUAGUUCUUUUCAGCUCCAGUUAUUUCUAUCUCCAUGUGCUCGAAGAUUUCCGAGUUAUGGGUGUUAUCUUUCCUUCUGAUUUUUUUUCCUUGUACUGCGCCAACUUAAUAAUUAAGUGCCCUCCUUCAUCUUUGGCUUCAGCUUCUAAAGCCUCAAGUAUUGUGUCUACUUGUCUGUAAUAAGCAGGUAGUGACAAUUACCUCCUGUCUCAGAGAAUGAUAGACUGUGUCCUCCCCUCUUUUAGCCGAAAUUUUAAAUAUGCGUACGGGUGCUUAUUCAAGGAAAUUUGGUAUUCAAAUUUGUAGGCUUGCUGGCAAGUGGUUCGUGGGAUUAUCACGUGUGCGAGUUAGUUUUACCGCGUUCCCAUUUUGGUAGUAUUUUCUGGCCCAUUAUUUUUGUAUCAUUUUCAUUUCUGGAAUCUCCUCAUUAUGAGUAUUUUUGUGGUAAAUAUGCAACUGCAUCUAUCUCCACAAUGAUAUGCUAAUGUAACAAUUACGUCACAGUAAAGAAGCCCAUAAUCUGAUCACGAAAACCUAUCACCAGUCUCCCAAUAAAACCUCUCAGAUUCAUUUCUUCAAUUUAUUUCACAGGUGUCCUCAUCUGCAUUUUAUUCGUGUUUAAGAAACAAGUGAUUACCCUGUACAAACAGAGGUUUAUAAACAAAACAAAUCCUGGGCCGGAGCCGAACGGAGAUGAUCAAAACAGGAUUACUGAUCAGGAACCCACAGGAAACGGGGACGGUUAUUAA